GACAAACCGGAAGUAGACACUCUUGCUGCUGUAGAGAUUAGGGGAAGUUACUUAUUUUGUUGUUAUUAUCGCUAUCGUUUUAUUAUUAAUAUCUCAUAAGAAGGGGUUGAAAGUAAAGUUCGGGUGUAUGAGAGGCUGAUUUAUCGAAGAGGACGAUGCUCUCGGAGGACACGGCGACCAGCAGCAGCGUUUCUUUCCACAGUAGGCUGGCCUCGGUCAUGGCCGUGGUGGCUCAGUCGGCUGUGGCCGAAAUCAGCAAACUGUACGAUGACGGGCUGCUGGUGCUGCGCCUGGAGGUCUGCCGCAAAGACUCCGAAAUCGAGGCGCUGAAGAAAAAACUGGAGACGGUUGAAAACGAGCUGCAGCUUCUGAAAGAGUCUCAGCGCUCAGAGACCCGCAGCUCGACCCCCAGCCUGCUCCCUGCUCCCUGUGCACACGGACAAGCAGACCUUGUAGAAUGCAAAGAGAGGACAAAUCAGCAUCUUUCUUGGAAACAUCAACCUGAUAAUGAUGUGUGUAAUGGAAAGGAAAAUGAUCAUGCAGGGGAAAUUAAUUACAAAUCCUCAGAAGAAAUAAAUUCGCAGGACAUUGUCACAAAGGAAACAAUGCCCACCCUUACAGAGCCACAACCUUCCACAGAUGACCUGAACCAGUCAACAUUCUGCGAGGAAGAUUGUGGACCAGAGUUUCAGAAAAAGACAGAACAGGGGAUACAGACAGUUACUUUAGAUGAGAGCAAAGUAGAGUGUGUUGUAAUCGAGGACAGAGAAACGCAGCCGUGGUCAUCCAUGGAGAACUGCGUGGAACAUGCAGAGGACCCUGACUGCUCUAUUGUAACCGAGCAAGACGGACAUCCGCUGAUCUCCUCCGUGUGGAGUGUCGGUUCUAGCACAUCCAGUCCUGUGGAUGAUUUGACUAUGACAAACAGACUUAAUGUAGAAGAAAUGAGACAGCAAAGGAUGCCGCAGCAGCCCAGGAGCGAAGGAGGAUCAACAGACCUAAACCCAUCGCGACAGGUACAACACAGAGCAAACGCGGCGGUCCAGCCCAGGCUCUUGCUUCCUUCAAGAACUCAUGAACGUGUCACACUCUUAAGCAGUAGCAUAAGCCAGAAUCGGAACCGAGGAGGUUUCCCAGUAAAUGACAUUGCUAUAGCCAGGCUACCUCAGAGGAGAAAGCCAAUGAGAGAGAAAUGGUUCAUGUGUUCAUUCUGUGGCAAAAGCUUUGACCGCAUCAGCCACCUUCAGAUGCACCACAGAAUUCACACUGGAGAGAAACCAUUCCACUGCAGCAUGUGCGGGAAGAGUUUCUCUCAGCAAAGCAACUUACGCACACACCAGAAAACGCACAAAGAUCUCAGGACACAAAGUAAAACAUUUUGAAAAUAAGACAGUUAGAACGUUUGUGUCAUUUUUAUUUUCUAGUAUGUAAACCAACACCUAGCCAUCUUGGUUUUGCUCAUUUUAUUUUUACAAUAAACAAAAAGUUGGUAACA